AGUGCCGCCGCCGGAGCCGCGCAGCGCCAGCGCUGCCGUGCGCGGGGAGCGGCCCCGGAGCCCCAAAACCCCGAAACCCCGAAACCCCGGGAGCCCAGCCCAGCCUGGCUCGAAGCUCCACUUCUUCAUUGGCAUCUGGGAGCAAAGUGAUUGAAGUCCCUGCAGUGCUGGGCUGGGGACAGUCAGCGGGGCCCUGGUGUCCCCACAUUGAUGCCCGGGGUGGCCGGCGAUGACCGACGCGGUGCUGGGCGGCUCCUCUGACCGGUGGAUGUGCCCCAGUGACAGAACCAUGUCCCUCCGAGCCAGCAGCGAGAAGGAGCAGCUCCCGGCGGGCUGGACAGCACAGCCCGAGCGGCAGCGCAAGGGCGAGGAGCUGACGGACGAGGAGAAGGAAAUCAUCAACCGGGUGAUCGCCCGCGCCGAGAAGAUGGAGGAGAUGGAGCAGGAGCGCAUCGGGCGCCUGAUGACCCGGCUGGAGGACAUGCGCCGCAGCGUGCUGGGGGACGGCGUGAACCGCUGCAUCCUCUGCGGGGAGCAGCUGGGGACAAGGGGACAAGCCUGUGUCGUCUGUGAGGACUGCAAGAAGAAUGUGUGCACCAAGUGCGGGGUGCAGACCACCAACAACCGGCCCCAGGCCAUCUGGCUCUGCAAGAUCUGCAGCGAGCAGCGGGAGGUGUGGAAACGCUCUGGUGCCUGGUUCUUCAAGGGUUUGCCCAAGCAGAUGCUGCCACAGCCGAUGCCCGUCAGCAAGAAGGGACCCCAGACCCCGAGCGAGCCCCGCCCGGCCGAGCCAGCCACCCCUGACCCCAAAAUCCCCUCCCGGGCACCCACCCGAGGCCAGGCGGAUGCCGAGGACACCGAGGGCCUCGACGCCACAGCGGCCGCCCGGGGGAGCCGCAAAGUGGCCGAGACCCGGCCGGGUCCGUGCGGCAGCGAGGACACCGCUGGGGACAGCGACAGCCGGGACCAGGCUGGCGACAGCGGGGUCAGCAGGAGCCCCGGCGUGAAGAGAACCAACUCGGUGCAGGGCCAGCGGCCACCCCCGCCCGCCACCGCCGGUCCCGCCGGGCCCGCCCCGGCAGCAGCAGCCGCAGCACCGGCGGCCGCAGCAGCAGCAGCAAGGCCGGGUCCCGGGGGUCCCGCCCGCUUCCCGGACAGGCAAGCCAGCCCCCCGCUGGGACCCCCGGAGCGGGGAGGGGGCUUUGUCCCCCCCGGCAGGGAGGACAGGCCAGCCUGGCAGCCCCCGGCUGCCCCGCAGCCCCCGGCGGCAUCCGCGGCCCCGCAGCGGCAGCAGCAGCCCCGAGAGGAGGAGGAGGAGGAUGCCAACAGCUACGACUCGGAUGAAGGCACCACGCUGGGAGCCCUGGAGUUCAGCCUGCUCUACGACCAGGACAACAGCUCCCUGCACUGCACCCUCAUCAAGGCCAAGGGGUUAAAACCAAUGGAUUCCAAUGGCCUGGCUGACCCCUAUGUGAAGCUGCACCUCCUGCCUGGAGCCAGCAAGUCGAACAAGCUGAGGACGAAGACACUGCGCAACACCCGGAACCCGGUGUGGAACGAGACCCUGGUGUACCACGGCAUCACCGACGAGGACAUGCAGAGGAAAACCCUCAGGAUCUCCGUGUGUGACGAGGACAAAUUUGGCCACAACGAGUUUAUCGGAGAAACCAGAGUUGCCUUGAAAAAACUCAAAGCCAACCAGAAAAAGAACUUCAACAUCUGCCUGGAGAGAGUAAUCCCAACGAAGCGCACCGGGACAACCGGCGCAUCCCGUGGGAUGGCUCUGUACGAAGAGGAGGUGGAUCGCGGUGGGGACGUGGAGGAGCGCGGCAAGAUCCUGGUGUCCCUCAUGUACAGCACGCAGCAGGGCGGGCUCAUCGUGGGCAUCGUGCGCUGCGUGCACCUGGCGGCCAUGGAUGCCAACGGAUACUCAGAUCCCUUUGUCAAGCUUUGGCUGAAACCUGACAUGGGAAAAAAGGCCAAGCACAAGACACAGAUUAAGAAGAAAACGUUGAAUCCUGAGUUUAACGAGGAGUUCUUCUAUGACAUCAAACACAGCGACCUGGCCAAGAAAUCCCUGGACAUUUCCGUCUGGGAUUACGACAUCGGAAAAUCCAAUGACUACAUCGGUGGUUGCCAGCUGGGAAUCACGGCCAAGGGCGAGCGCUUGAAACACUGGUACGAGUGUUUGAAGAACAAGGACAAGAAGAUCGAGCGCUGGCACACCCUGCAGAACGAGAACCACGUGGCCAGCGAUUAAAGGGAGCCUCUGCCCGGCCCUCCCCACCCUGUGCCACACCCCUGCAGGUCCCUGGUGUCCCUGGUGUCCCGUCUUCCAGCGCAGCCACGCCUUGCUACAGCCUCUGAUCCCAGGGUCCUCCAUCCUCCCCUCCACUGAAACCCCAACAAGAUCUUUUCUAUUCUCCCUUAUUUAUUUUCAGCUGGGGGAGGGAGGCUGCUGAGCUCUCCUGGUGUGUAAUUUUGGCAAGCAAUAGUUCCCUCCUGACUGUUCCCCCCCCUCUCUCUCUCCCUGGUCCCGUGGCAGCGUUCCCGUCGCGUUUCUGACGCUCUGUGUCCCUCCAGCCUCCCCUCCAGCUGGAGAUGGCAGUGCUGGGCUCGGGAGCAUCAGUCUGUCCUGCUUGUGUGAUCUCAAUACCUCAGUUGCAAUAACGAAAAAAGCUCCUUGGCUUUGGUGUGGGUGUCACCGCCGCCUGGUGUCCGUGUCGUCGUGGUUAGGCCAAACCCGGUGUCACCAGUGUCAUCCUGCGAGUCCUGCUUGAGCUUCACCUCUGGGCUGGCCCACCUGAGCAGUGUCCUUUUGCUGAGAAGAUCCACCACCACCACCAGAACAGCGACAAGGAGGGUUUGGGGAGCUCUGUGCUCGCAGGGAAGCAGGUUUGGGUUGGUUCCUCCGCCCCAGGGAUUGGGGGCUCCGCUGCUCUAGCUGUGUUUUAGGGUUGUGACUACCUCCUCUUCACCUCUGAGCUGUGUAGUAGUGACUGAAGGCAGAUCCUGGCUCCCCUCAGACCCCUCCUGCUCCCAAGGAUUUGCUGUUCCUCAGGAGGGAAGCUGAGGGAGCUGCUGCUUCCCCCCAGCCCAUGAUGUGUGCAAGGAUUAUUGCUUUAAACCACCCCAGCUCCUGGAGUUGGCUGGAACAGUCUGAGAUCUUCCAAACUGGGGUUGGUUUGGUUUGGUUUUCUUUCAUCUUUCCCAGUUUUCUGCACAAAUUUAUCCUCAGCCUGUGCUUUAAAGGAUGGCCUGGGGCUUCUUGGAGAGCGAGAGAGCAAAGACUCUGCAGCUGCUGCUGCUGGGCAGUGCAACCAUUCCCUGGCUCUGGAGCCAUUCCCUGGCUCUGGAGCCAUUCCCUGGCUCUGGAGCCAUUCCCUGGCUCUGGAACCAUUCCCUGAUUCUGGAACCAUCCCCUGGCUCUGGAACCAUUCCCUGAUUCUGGAACCAUUCCCUGUCUCUGGAGCCUUUUCCCAGCUCUGGAACCAUUCCCUGGCUCUGGAACCAUUCCCUGAUUCUGGAACCAUUCCCUGGCUCUGGAGCCUUUCCCCAGCUCUAGAACCAUUCCUUGGCUCUGGAACCAUCCCCUGGCUCUGGAACCAUCCCCUGGCUCUGGAACCAUUCCCUGAUUCUGGAACCAUUCCCUGAUUCUGGAGCCAUUCCCUGAUUCUGGAACCAUUCCCUGGCUCUGGAGCCACUCCCCAGCUCUAGAACCAUUCCCUGAUUCUGGAACCAUUCCCUGGCUCUAGAACAAUUCCCUAGCUCUGAAGCCUUUCCCUGGCUCUGGAGACAUUCCUUGACCCUGGAGCCAUUCCCUGAUUCUGGAACAAUUCCCUGGAUCUGGAGCCAUUCCCUGGCUCUGGAAAUCCCCAAGCACAGCCCUGUGGAUAGAAGCACACCAUGGAAUAUUUGGAAUUUUUUGUCACACUGUGCAUGUUGUGUGAAACCUCCCCCUGCAGCCCCUGGAGCUGGAUGAGUUUUGUUCUCCUGAUAUUUUCUGUAUCUCCCCCCCACCCCCAGCAGACUUUGCUGAUGUGCCCUGAGUGUCCCCAGCCCUGGUGACACAAACCCCUCAGUGCUGAGCUGGCCCAUCCUGACACAGGCUCCCCUCUCCCUGGAUCUCCAGGUGGGAAAAGCCUCCCCAGCCACCCCAGAGGGUCCAGCCAGAGCUGGGAAUCCUCCCCCACCACCCCAGGCUCCAUCCUGGGAUUGGGCUGGGUGAACAGAGGGGUGGAAUGGAAGAGGACACCUGGAAAUUUUCGCCUUUUUCAUGGAAUUCUUGCCUCUGUGCCAGUUGAGCCACUCAAUCCUGUUCUUUUGGACAGUUUCAUCAUCCUGUGCUGAAAUCUCCCUGCUCCAGGCCCAGGUGAGCUGUGGGAUGCUGGGAUCCAGGGUCAACGCUUGGAUCUCCCUUUUUCAGCUCCAAGCUGCCACCAUCCUUUCCAGAGGGAUGGACCUGCCCAAACAUUCCUGUCCAUACCCAGAGCAGCACCUGGGCACGGAGAUGUGCUGAGGAAAUGUGUGGUUGAGGGUAAAAAAAACCUUUAAAAACCAUUAUUGAAGCAAUUCCUUAAUUUCCCCCAGUCCUGCAGCAGCCCAGCCUCCUUUGUAUGUGCAGAACAACUCACUUACUCUUAUGCUGUCCUGUAUUCCCAUUCCCUGGUCAGCCUGCUUUCUUUGGGAAAAGGACACUCAGAUCAUCUCUUUGCACCUCCAAAAAUCAAGUGCAACUUGCCAAUCUCCUCAGUAUUGUGCAAAACCACGGCCCUGGUCUCUGCCCCCUCUCUUCUCAGUUUUUCUGAUGGUAAUUCCUGCCCUGAAUGACUUCUUUUUGUUGUAAAUAAAGCAUGCACCUAUGGAUUGGGAAUGGUGAAAACAAAAACAAACAAACAAAAAAAAAAGCAAAAAAAGGAAAUUAAAAGCCUCUUCUACUGCUGUUUGCAUUCAGACUCGCAUGCAGUGAUUUUACAGCCAAAUAUCAGUUUACAACUGUUAAGAGAAAAAGAAAAACGUUCCACAGGAAUUAGAAAUCCUCCAGUCUUCCGCUGCAUGCAGCACAACAUCCUCUCUCGAUGUGGUAUCUAAUAAAGUGAGACUAUUGGAAAAGAACAAAAAUAAAAA